AAUAGGGUUAGCAAUGUUUUCAUCUAUGGGCUUUGAAAUAAUAUGCCGAGAUUGAUUCAGUAAUUAUAUAUUUUAUUGUCAUUACGCAUAAUGUGUACGAUAGGGUCACUGGCUGUAAUGAGAAAUAUCAGGUAGAUUGGUAGUUUAUUGCAUUUGUCUGAGAUUAAGUGUUUCUUAGUUACAAAAAAGCCCCCAACAUUAUUUACUAUCAUAAAAAAGAUUCCAAGGAUGAUUUGAAAAUGUUUUGGUUUUUCAAAUCAAAGUCCGUAUUUUGUAUUCAUCAUUUAAGAUCUUGAUGAGUGGAAAGAUGAGAGAUGAGGCUGGUAAAGACAAUCAAUAUAAGCCUCUGAAAGUCAGUAAGAUAUGAAAUUAAAUAUACACAAGGGACAAUGUGCAUUUUAUAAGCUUUCAGGCAACAGACUUCAUCAGACCCCCCCCUCACAAGAACAGCACAGUAAUUAAUUCUGUUUAGUACGAAUCCAAUGCACUUAAACUUCCAGCACAAAUAACCAGAGGCUGCAGAUUAGAGGUUCAUUUAUCGAUAAAGCAAUCCAUCUAAACUCCUCCCCCUUACCCCAAAUGUAGGGCGAAAUGGCGCUCAGGUAACCAAAAAUUAAUUACACACCACACUUCAUUUUACGUAAAUUAAGUAAUUGUAUCUAGUCAUAAACUCUCAUAAAGCGCCUCAGGAUAUUAAUUGUGAUUGUAUGCUUUGCUUUUUGGGUGGGGGGGGAUAAUUAUAUUGAUCAGGUCAAGGUGUCAUGAAAGGAAAUGGGCAGUUUGUACGAUGUUUGGGUGAAAAUAAAACGAGAGAGAAAAAAAAUGCUGAUUUAACUUUUAUGUGAUUAACUUUUAUUCGCGGUUAAAUCAGUGCGAUUAAAAAAACAAACAUUCGGUAACGUCGCAAACCGUUACGCUCCGCUUUCGGUAACCACGGCAGCGUCAUUUUACGGUACCACGCUGCUGACUCUGCGCUCCGGUCCGGUUCGGAUAAGGCACCGGGUCAGCACCAAUCGGUCCACUACAGAGGAAGCAGCCUGGGAGACAGAUGUGAUGGUGAGCACCAGAGCUCCUCCGUCAAUCCUCACUGACAGAGACAGAGCCGGACCAGAACUGCGCGGUUAGCCUUCAGCGUAAAAGACCCCAAAUUCCCGGGAAACGCGAGCCACGCUGGAAGUCGCCCCCCAUGUGGCCGUCGGGAGUGGGGAGCAGGCAGCCCUGCCCGCGGGAGUCGGCGCUGCGCAAGGCGGCCAUCAGCGGCAACAUCAACGCCCUGCCGCACCACGUCCCCACCGGCCGCAGCGUCCGGGUCUUCAUCUGCGCCAACCCGGACGACACAGAGGCGGAGAGGAACGCACUGAAAGAGCACGUCUACCCCAAACUACGAGACUUCUGCAGGGAGAACUACGGGAUCGAGUUCCAGGUGGUGGACCUGUACUGGGGGGCCGACCCAGAGGAGUGGGACAGUCCGGACCUGCAGCGGAUCAGGAUGAAACUCCUGGAGGAGUGUCUGAAGACCUCGGCGGGGCCGUGUUUUGUUGGUCUGGUGGGAGAAAAGUACGGCAGCAUCCGGGUGCCGGGGGAGGUGGAGUCGGCGGAGUUUGAGAUGAUCUUGGACGCGGCGGUGGAGGCGGGGCUGGACACGCACGUCUUGGAAGAGUGGUACUGCAGGGACGAAAACUCGGUGCCACCCGCAUACUACCUCAAACCCAAAGCCCAAAUGCUCAAGAACUACCAGAACUCCAUGGAGUCAAGCAGCGCAGCCAAGACCAAGAACGACAAGGCCUGGAGGAACGUGUCGGAGGAGAUCAAGAGGGUCUUCCGCACGGCGGUGCUGCAGCUCCAGGAGAAGGGGACCAUGAAGAGCGCCGAGGCGAAGAAAUUCCUUUGCUCUGCCUUGGAGGACGAAUUGGACUUCGCCCUGGGGAAACAAACUCCCGCCUUUCUCAAAAAAUGCGUCUGCUACAUCCGCAAGAUCGCCAACUUCGACCGCUUCGCCAAAAUCCCCGAGAUGACCCGGUACAUGGACACCGUGGUCAGCGACGAGCGCGUCAUGCGCAACCAGGAAUCCUACGAGCGCCUCCUGAAGGUGCGGGACGAGUUCAUCCCCACGGUGGUCGCCGCCUCCAACCUCCGCGUCUACUCUUCGGUCACCCACUGCGACAUGAAGCUGGGCUACUCGCAGGAAGUGGAAAGCCACUACGUGGAGGGCCUGUGUAAACAGUUCUACGAGGACAUGGUGGACAUCAUUCAGGCCACGGUGCAGCAGAACCUGGGCGCCGAGACCGACCCGCUGUACGACGAGAUCCUGCAGCACCUGUCGCUCUGCAAAAGCUACGCCGAGCUCUACCAGUUCAAGGCCGAGUCGCUGGAUUACGUGCAGGAGUACCUCUCGCCCUCCAAGGGGAGCAGAAUGAGCCCCCUGGUGGUGUACGGGGGACCUUGCACCGGGAAGACGCUGCUGCUAGCCGAGGUGGCCAAACAGGCCUACACCUGGCUGCAGAAAGAGAUGGGCCCUGAAACCGACCCAGUGGUUAUUGUCCGCUUUAUCGGCUCCAGCCUGCUCUCCACCGACCUACGCACUCUCCUCCAGAGCAUUUGUGAACAGAUUGCAAUAAACUACCGCUGCCUGAUUCACUUUUUGCCUAACAAGAUCCAGGAGAUGAAGGAGCUCCUCAUCAACCUUCUCGGGGAAUCUUCAUUCCACCGGCCUUUGGUCAUUGUCCUGGAUGCCCUCGAGCAGCUCUCCGACGCGGACGAAGUUCGCAAGCUGUGGUGGCUCCCCAUACAUCUGCCUCGGACGGUUCGCAUUGUAGUCUCAACGUUGCCCAAUAAACAUGGCAUCCUGCAGAAGUUACGACAGCUCAUCCACGAUGAGGGGUAUUACUUGGAAUUAAUCCAGAGGGACCGCAAAGUCUGCAGCCAAACAUUGAAACAGCAAUUGCUGGGGGUGAAGCGCAAGGUCACCUCGGGCCAACAGAUAUAUGUCAACGAGGCACUUUCCAAGUGUACAUUGCCGAUGUUUGUCAACCUCAUCUACAGAGAAGUCCUCCAUUGGAGGUCUCACAAAGAUGUGGAUGACAGGUCCCUGUGCUCCACAGUGCACGAAAGCAUAGAACAGCUCUUCUACUCGGUGGAGAACAAGCUGGGGCAACGAUUCGUCUUCCGAGCAUUAGGAUAUAUCACCAUGGCCAAAGCGGGCCUAACCGAAGUCGAGCUGGAAGAUAUUCUAUCCCUUGAUAAUAUAGUUCUUGGGGAUGUAAUUGUAGCAACAUACCUUAAAAACCCCUUGAGGAUCUCUUAUGAUUUGGUUGCAAGGCUCAAGGAGGAGCUGGAUGGCUAUCUUGUGGAACGUCAGGUGCGCAACGUCACCUUGAUGGUUUGGGCCAACAGACACCUGCAUCUCAUUGCCCAGAAGCUGUAUCUCAGCAACGAGGAAGACGUCCAUCAAAUGCACAGCCUCCUGGCUGAGUACUUCCUGGGGGCAUGGUCGGGAGGCAGGAAGAAGAUCUUCACUUACGAUAACAACCAUUUCACUUCGCUGAAUAUAUCCCACCACAAAAACCCUCACCUUCAGCAGGCCCAUGAAAAAACGUCCUCUGACAAGUACUCGUAUGACAGACAGACUCCGGAGCAGCCUUGGGUGUUCCAGUGCAAUCUUUUAGAGCCUGACAUUUUCUUUGUCAAUCAUAGGAAGAUGACAGAGCUGGUGUACCACCUCACCAGGAGUGGGCGCACUGAUGACCUCAUGUUUGGUGUGAUCAUGAACUUCAGCUGGCUGUACACAAUGAUCAAGAUUGGCCAGUUUGAAAAGGCUUUGACAGACAUUGACCUAGCUUACAGCUACACCCAAGAGAAAGAACUGAAGUUCUUGGCCACCACUCUCCGUUGCAUCAAGGUAAAAGUGCUGAAGAACCCAGCAUCACUGUCUGCAGAACUGCAGCAAAGACUUCUUCCAGUCGUCACCUCCCUUCCCAAACUCAGACACCUCCUCCUGGAGUGUGACAAAGAUGGCCCCAAGUACUGCUCCAUUGUGCCUCUCCACUCCUCUAUGGACGUCACCUACAGUCCAGAGAGGCUUCCUCUGUGCUCUAGCUACAUGCAGAUUGUGGAGAUCUUGCCCACUCUGGCCCCAAACAUAGUUCUUGUGGCCCUCGAAGAUGGGUCCGUCAGCACCUGGGAUGUAGAGAGUAGACAACUUCAAAGACAAAUUGACACAGCCAGAUCCGUUGUGCUCGGCAUCAGGCUAACAACUGACGAAAAGUAUCUGGUCGUGGCCACCACCAAAAACACGUUGCUCAUUUAUGAUAAUCACAAGUCCUGCCUUUUAUCAGAGGUUGAAAUCAAGGGGUCCAAACAUGGUGGUGUCACUGGUGGGGUGGCCUUCAUCAAUGGUUACACUUUGUCCACCCACCAUGCUUUGGCUUGGCUCGAGGCUAGUAAGGAAGUCAAUGUCAUUGACCUGCUUUACGGGUGGCCUCUCUAUCAGUUUCAUUGCUGGUAUGAGGUGACUUGUGUCCAGUGCUCUCCAGAUGGAAUGUACGCCUUCUGUGGACAGUACCUCAACACUGCUACCGUCUUUCAUCUAGGAAAUGGGGACAAGUUGGCCACUAUGACCUCUGAGUUUUCUGGAGGAUUUGUUAAAUCCAUUCUUGUCCUUGACACCCUAAACCAAAUGGUGAUGGUUGACAAUGAAGGCAGUUUGUCGGUAUGGAACACCAAAGAGAUCUCCAGUCCACGUCUAAUGGAGGAUUACGACUGCAGAGGGGAUGACAGUGAAGUGGUGGGCAUCGAGUUAUCUGAAGACCAGCGCUCCAUUCUCAUUUGCAAGGCGAGAAGUAUCGAAGUUCUGGACACAAAAGUAUGGAAAAUGGUGGAGAAGUUCAAAGCCAAACGCACUGAACGCUUUGUGGCUGCUGUUCUCUCAAAGAAUGGACAAAGCAUCGUGGCCUCCAUGGAGAACACGUCCUCCAUCUUUGUCUGGAGAAGGGACAGUGGACAGUGCAUGGCCAGUCUGAUUGAGAUCUCAGGGGCUAUCGUCAAACUCAUUAAAUCUACCCACCACAAUCUGCUCCUUUCUGUUGCCAGCAGUGGCGUGCUGUCUGUUUGGGACAUUGAUAUUAUCACCGCCAUGUCUAAUAUUGACAAAACGGGCAAGAAGAUCCAGACCUUGCAGCUGUCCGGCAGAGAGGAUUAUGUGUUUACUAUGGACGGUUCAGAAGCCGUCCACAAGUGGAACUUCAGCACUGGAUUUAUUGAGACAGUCUUUAAGCAUGAGGGCAUAGUGGAGAACUGUGUCCUAACCUCCUCAGGGGAUCUCAUGGUGACAUCAGAUGACAAGUCCAGUCAGUACAUCUGGCAAACCACAACCGGAGAAAACAUCUUUCGUAUCAAUGGGCAGAGAAUAUCACAGCUGCUAAUCACCCACAACGACCAAUUUGUGGUGUCCCUGUGCGAGCAGAACGCAUCCAGAGUCUGGAGGCUCGGGACUGGGCACAAAGUGUGCAACAUCUUGGUCACCCUCCAGAAUGCACUCGUCACCACAGCAAACACCUUCCUCGUGGGGAGCUCCAAAAACAAGCUCCUCGCUGUCAGCCUGUGGUCGGGCAGCGUGUCCAAGAAGUUUGUCUGCGACGAUGGCAUUAGCAUUGUCAACUUCAAGCUCAUUCCUGACUGCCCCGACUGCGUGGUGUUCAUCACAUCCACAGAGACCGUCUUCAUCUGGAGUGUGGCGGACGAGUCAGUUUGCCGACGGGUUCAGUUGCCGACCAAUUUCCUCAAAAAUCUAGAGGACUUCCAGAUCUCUCCCAAUGGGAAAGUAGGAAUUGUGUCCAAAGGUGAUGAGAAUAUUAAUGUCCUGGAUCUUCACAGCGGGAAGCUGAGGCUGGUCCAUGCAGCUGGUAUAAUUUGGCGUCAGAAAUUAUCAAGGGAUGGACGUUAUCUCGUCUAUGUUUGUUUCCGGAACUGCGACGAAGACGACGACGCCGGUGUUGUGUCCAAUCUGAUCGUGAUGCGCCUCGCUGACGGCAAGAGCAUCGGCACGUGCUCCCUGUACAAGACGCCCACUUUCCUGUGUCUCUCCCAGCGAGCGCUGAACAUCAUCAUCGGCUUCGAGGACGGCAGCAUCGGUACGUACACGGUGGUGGAUCGCGUGGAUGCGGCCCUCAAGAUAAAGAUAGCCACCUCCAACAGCCGACAGAUUGUCAACAAUGCCUCGCAAAAGGUGCGUCCCAAAUGUGGCAACCAUUCGUUCAAGACCGUUGCCGACUGCACCUGGCGAGAGUCCACCGAGGUCUUCUCCAGGGACAGUCCUAUCAACGUGUCGGACUCCGGGGAGGGCGAGUCGACCACGCCGACGAAAAAGACAGAACUGCUGCAGUGAUGAGCGGAGGUGAGAGUAGCAGGUGUCAAGGCAGGCAGGUAGAGAGAGGAGACAACGUUUUGAAUCUCUGGGGUUGCAGUUGAUUCUUGUUUACAGCCACGUGAUUCAGCUGCAGAUGUCAGCCCUCUGGGUAGUUAAUGGGCCGACCGUAUAAACGCUGCACUCAAAUGAUGUAUUACUUACUUCCAACCCAUGAUACAGUCUCUCUUUGUUUUCCUCUCGAAGACUGUUAGAAAAAUACUGUUUUUGGAAAGUAGA